AUGAUUAAUUACCAUUACAAAAUUAAAUGAUUAAUAUUGAUUUAUUUAAAAAGACAGGUGAACAGAAAAUCCAAUUUAUAAACCCUACAGUCCUACAAUUUUUGUGACAAUAAACUCCAAGAGAAAAGGAAACCUUUGUUCUCUUUGUCGCCGGAGAAAUGAAGUUUUCGGCGACGGCGGCGGUGGUUUUAUCACUAUAUGUGUACGUCAUCUUACUCUUCUCCACGGCGUAUGGCUUCAAUAUCACCCAAAUUCUGGCCAAACACGACGACUUCUCCACCUUCAACCGCUACCUGACUCUGACGCAUCUGGCGGCGGAGAUCAACCGCCGGCAGACCAUCACGGUGCUGGUGCUGAACAACGCCGCCAUGAACGACAUCCUCGACAAGCACUACUCCCUCUACACCAUCAAGAACAUCCUCUCCUACCACGUCCUCGCCGAUUACUUCGGCACCAAGAAGCUCCACCACCUUAACAAAGGCACCACCCUCACCGCCACCAUGUUCCAAGCCACCGGCGACGCUCCCGGAACCUCCGGCUACGUCAACAUGACCGCCCUCAAGGGCGGCAAGGUCGGCUUCGCCCCGGAAGACAACACCGGCCGCUUCGACUCAACUUUCGUGAAAUCCGUUCUGGAAAAGCCGUACAAAAUCUCCGUCAUUCAAAUCAGCCACCACCUCUCCUCCUCCUACGCCGAGGCUCCGGCGUCCGGCCCCACCGACGUAAACAUUACCACGUUAAUGGCUAAACAAGGCUGCAAAGCGUUCGCCGACUUGUUGGACAGCACGGGGGCUGACGCAACUUUCGCGUUAAACGUCGAGACCGGUUUAACCGUGUUUUGUCCCACCGACAAGGUAAUCCAAGGUUUCAUGCCGAAGUACAAGAAUCUGAGCAAAGACGGGAAAAUGUCACUUCUAUUGUACCACGGCGUGCCGGCGUACCAGAAUCUAGGGAUGUUUAGGUCCAAUGGUAACGGCGUUCUGAACACUCUAGCCACCGGCGGAUCCAACAAGUACGAUUUCACGGUGCAAAACAGCGGGGAAGACGUGACGUUGGAGACCGAAGUGGUAACGGCGAAGAUCACCGGAACCAUGUACGAUGAGGAGCCGCUGUCGGUUUUCAAGGUGGAUAAGGUUUUGUUGCCACGAGAGUUGUUUAAGGCCGCCGGCAAAUCCGGUAGUGAGUCAUCCGGCGGUGCGCCGGGACCUAACUCGGACGACGACGGGGUUCCGUCGGACCAGGCCGCCGGUCACCGCAACGGUGGCGUGAGGAGAAGUGGCGCGUGGUUGGUGGCAUUGAUUUUGACGUUGUUGUGUGCUUGUAUUUAAUUUGUUUAAAAGAGCAUAUUAUCGCACGUUAGAUUAUCACUAUCAAUAUACCACGGAGUGCAUAUUGAAAUGAUUAUGGAUCAUACAAAAACACAGAGAGGGGGAGAUUUGAGUGGAAUUUUUUUUUUUUUGUUUUUGAAAAUGAUUUGAGUGGAAUUAAUAGUGGUUUGUUUGUUAUUUAUGCUCAAGACAAUAAUUGCACCUUAUUAAUUUCUUGUUGAAUUUGUAAUUA